UCUUUCUCCACCCUCCUCUCCCUCCUUCCUUGGCCUUGUAGGUGAGCUGCAUGAUUGGGCGUGCAGGUUGGAGGGGGUAGGCUUUGGUAAAUCACAUGGUACACUUUUUCCAGAUCGGUGAGACGCCAUUUUAAAGGAAAGUUUGGAAUUUGUUGACCUGGGGAGGUGCAGGAGGAGGAGGAGGAAGAGGAAGAGGAGGAGGAAGAAGAAAAGAAAAAGAGAAGGAGGGAGGAGGAGAAGAGAGAGAGAGAGAGAGAGAAAAAAAAAAGAAAAAGAGAGGAGGGAUUUACACAGAGAGAAGUUUGACACGAAUGCACAACGGCAGGCUGUGCUGGGAAUAUAAUACACAAGCGUGCGGACCAGUGCGGGAUAAGUCAGGCAGGGUUUGGCACGGCUGGACUUUGAAGUUGUUUUUUUUUUUUUUUAAUUUUUGGGGAUAACCAUCAAAGCUCCGGAGCUGACCAUUUCCCUCCACCACUGCAGCAGCAGCAGCAGCAGCAGCAGCGGGCAGCUCAUGCAUGCAUGCACCGCCUGCACGGAGGGAUUUUUACGCGGAGUUAGAUUUCCACUUUAGUGUCGCCACUGCGGGUCAGCCUGCGCGUUGCACGCCGGGGCAGGGAGCCUCUCUGGCGGGGAACUCCAGCGCGGAGAGUCGGUGACACACGGAGCUUCUUUUCUCGACUCCUGCUCGCUUUCUGUAUUAUUAGUUCAAACCGGCACCUCUGCCUGUUUUUAUUACCCUCUUCCAGACGGAGAUUUGGUGGUUAUAAUUUCCUUAUUUGUUGUCAGUUUUCCCUCCUGACAGUUAGUUUGGAGGUUUGUUUGGCUCGUUUGGGGAACUUGGUGUCGUCGUGGAGGGAUUUUCUUCACUUGGAGCGGUGACAGCGGGGGUUUAACUGGCGGAAUAAUCAAUAUAAUCAAUAAAAAAAACCCCGUCCUGUGUGAGGAGUGUAUGUGGCUGACACAGAAGUAGCCCCAACCAGACCCCACCAUGCCCGUCAGAAAGAAAGAUGCACAGCGAGCCCUGUUGCUCCUGGAGGAGUACCGGACCAAACUGAACCACGCUGAGGACCGGCAGCUCCGACACUCCAUCCAGAGGGUCAUCGACAUCUUCCAGAGCAACCUCUUCCAGGCUCUCAUAGAUAUCCAGGAAUUUUACGAAGUGACCUUAUUGGACAGUCAGAGAUGGGCGGAGUCUUCCAAGGGGGCGGACCCCAUGACGCCCGUCAACCUGUGGGACUUCUCCAGCCUUCAAAGCACAACGGUGACCUCGGACACUCUGCCCAGCCUUAGCACCAGCAUCGAGAAGUACAGGCACCACGAUGAGGACUCAUCCCCGCAGGACCAGAGCUCCCCCCAGCUGACGGAGGAGGCGGCGGCGGGAGCGGAGCUGGUGCAGGUAGCGGAGAAGAACCUGUCCCAGAUCGAGAAUGUGCACGGAUACGUCACCCACGCUCACAUCUCGCCCAUGAAGGUAGCGUCUCUGGAGUGCAUCUUUGACGGCUCUUCAGUGUUAGGACAGCAUCACCCGGAGCUCCCCUCCCCUACGCCCUCCACCCUCUACCCUCACAGCGACGACAGCCCCCUCCCCUCCUGCUCCUCCAACCCCUACCCCCCGAUCCAGGCAAACCCUCCUCCUGUGGUGGUCAACACAGACAGCCUGGACACGCCUCCAUACGUGAACGGGACGGAGGCUGAUUAUGAGUACGAGGAGAUCACGCUGGAGAGGGGAAACUCGGGGCUGGGCUUCAGCAUCGCGGGCGGCACAGACAACCCCCACAUCGGUGAAGACCCCAGCAUCUUCAUCACCAAAGUCAUACCUGGAGGAGCCGCCGCCCAGGACGGACGGCUCAGGGUCAACGAUGUCAUCCUGCGGGUCAAUGAGGUGGAUGUUCGGGAUGUGACUCACAGCAGAGCGGUGGAGGCACUGAAGGAGGCGGGGUCUCUGGUUCGACUCUACGUCCGCAGGAGGAAACCCGUCUCUGAGAAAGUGAUGGAGAUCAAACUGGUGAAGGGACCCAAAGGUCUCGGCUUCAGUAUAGCAGGUGGAGUCGGGAACCAGCACAUCCCGGGCGACAACAGCAUCUACGUCACAAAGAUCAUCGAAGGAGGAGCCGCACAUAAAGACGGGAGGCUGCAGAUCGGAGACAAACUGCUGGCUGUGAACAGUGCUUGCCUGGAGGAGGUGAGCCACGAACACGCCGUCACUGCCUUGAAAAACACUCCUGACGUGGUCUACUUGAAAGUGGCAAAACCCAACAGUGUCUUCAUGAACGACAGCUUCGCCCCGCCCGACCUCACCAACUCCUUCACCCAGCACAUGGAGAACCAUAUCAGCCCCCCCAACUUCCUGGGUCAGCCCCUCCCUCCGCCAGCUUCCUCGGGACGCUACUCCCCGACACCCAAGAGCAUGCUGGGAGACGACGACGUCACCCGGGAGCCCAGGAAGGUGGUGCUGCACAGAGGAGCGACGGGCCUCGGCUUCAACAUCGUAGGCGGCGAGGACGGCGAGGGGAUCUUCAUCUCCUUCAUCCUCGCCGGAGGACCAGCGGACCUCUGUGGAGAGCUGAGGAAAGGAGACAGACUGGUCUCGGUGAACGGGGUGGACCUCCGCAACGCCACGCACGAACAGGCCGCCGCCGCCCUGAAGAACGCCGGGCAGACGGUCACCAUCAUCGCCCACUACAGACCAGAGGAGUACAGCCGGUUUGAGGCGAAGAUUCACGACCUGCGAGAGCAGAUGAUGAACAGCAGCAUCAGUUCUGGAUCCGGAUCUCUGCGGACCAGCCAGAAGAGAUCGCUAUACGUCAGAGCUCUGUUUGACUACGAUAAGACCAGAGACUCGGGUCUGCCCAGUCAGGGACUCAACUUUAAGUUCGGAGACAUCCUCCACGUGGUGAACGCCUCCGACGACGAGUGGUGGCAGGCCAGACAGCUGACGGCCCAGGGAGAGGUGGAGGAGGUGGGAGUGAUCCCCAGCAAGAGACGGGUGGAAAAGAAGGAGAGAGCGAGAUUAAAGACGGUGAAGUUCAACUCAAAGUCUCGAGACAGAGGGCAGUCCCUCAAUGACAAGCGUAAAAAGAACCUCUUUUCCCGAAAGUUUCCGUUCUACAAGAGCAAAGAGGCGAGCGAGCAGGAGACCAGCGACGUCGACCAACACGUGACCUCUAACGCCAGCGAUAGUGAAAGUAGCUACCGUGGGCAGGAGGAAUACGUUCUGUCGUAUGAACCCGUCACUCAGCAGGAAGUGAACUACACCCGUCCCGUCAUCAUCCUCGGCCCCAUGAAGGAUCGGAUCAACGACGACCUGAUCUCCGAGUUCCCCGACAAAUUCGGAUCCUGCGUCCCACAUACGACCCGACCGAAGCGGGACUACGAGGUGGACGGCAGAGAUUAUCACUUCGUGGUGUCCAGAGAGCAGAUGGAGAAGGACAUCCAGGACCACAAGUUCAUCGAGGCGGGACAAUACAACAACCACCUGUACGGCACCAGCGUGCAGUCGGUCCGAGAGGUGGCGGAGAAGGGGAAACACUGUAUCCUGGACGUGUCGGGGAACGCCAUCAAGAGACUCCAGCUGGCUCAGCUUCAUCCCAUCGCCAUCUUCAUCAAACCCAAAUCAGUGGAGAACAUCAUGGAGAUGAACAAGCGUCUGACGGAGGAGCAGGGCAGGAAAACCUUCGACAGAGCUACCAAGCUGGAGCAGGAGUUCACCGAGCAUUUCACAGCCAUCGUGCAGGGCGACACGCUGGAGGAGAUCUACGAUCAGGUGAAGCAGAUCAUCGAGGAGCAGUCGGGUCCGUUCAUCUGGGUCCAGUCCAAGGAGAAGUUAUGAAGAUCAGAGCGCUCCAUCGCUCCUGUCCUCCUCUCUUUUAGAGUCGGUUUGUUUUAUUUUAAAAAGAAAAGUCGACCUGCAGACAGGCAGCCUCACCCUCCUCACCCGACCCUCACCCCCCCACCCACCCGAUCAACGACACGACACACCGGCUGACCAGAGUGUUGUUUUCUUUUCUUUUUUUGUUUUUUGUUUUUUUGUUUGCCUAAAUAAGACUCCAUUGUUGGGUUUCCUGACGUUGAGACCAGCAGAGUAAAGCACACGAGACGCGAGCGGAGAUCACUCGACACGGUACAGCUCCUUAAUGUUUAAGGGAGGAGAACUUAGAGAGGAAGAAGAAGAAGAAGAAGAGGACGUGUCCAUGAAGGCGACGAGAAGAAAAGUACGAAGCAGAAUUAUUCUUAUGUUUUUUUUUUGUUUGUGGGUUUUUUUCCCCCUUUGUUUGUCUUGUAAGGUUAAGUGAUGACGGACGGACAGUUUCAGUCUCAGGCAGCGUCUGUCGGUCCGGAGGAAGGAGACACAAAAAGCAAAACUUUGCACGUUCGAGCUUUAACAGCAUGUCAGUUAAUCCCUGUUUAUUUCCCAUCAGCCCUUUCACCUCAACGUCUGAUGUCACAGCUUUUCUCUUCUGUUCUGCGCUUCAUCAUUUUUCCUUUUUUUUUUUUUUUUUUUUUUUUUUUAAACACUUGAGUCGAUUCAAGUUUUUUUUUUGUUUUUUGGGUUUUUUUUGCUCCUCACCGCUGCAGGAUGUUUGUCAGGACGCUCUGCAGGGUUCCCGCUCUGCUGCUAGAGGGCGCUGUGGAGCUAAAUACUGAAAUCUGUCUGUUUUUUAAAGGAAAUGUUUUUAAAUUUUAAAUCUGAUGCAACAAGAUCAGCUUAAUAAUUAUCUGUUUUCCAGUAAUGAAUCAUGAUUUUUAGUGAAAGACAUUUAACAUUUUAGACAUUAAGCUUGAUGCCCUUUAAUGAGGUCAAAGGUCACUGCAUUCAUUCUUCAACUUGCGCUGCAAAAAAAUGCCGAUUUCUCACGUUGUUUCUGUCUUUAAUGGAUCCUUAAAAACUUUUCUCAAAGAAUAAAAAAUCUGCCAGUAGAGUGAGAAUAUUUCAGCCUGUUUCCACUCAAAAGCAACUUGUUUCAAGACUUUUCUAGUAACGCGACUCUUUAUUGACACAAGAAGAAAGUGAGUCGGGACGCUGCGCUCGGAAAACACUUCAAACAAGUUGAAUUGCUUCCUACAGAAAAGAGAAGAAACUAGAGACGUUACCUCGUAACGAUUAAACUCACUCAUGCUAAUAAAACUCUCAACAUUUCUAGAAAUAUCUCAUAAGCACCAGAAAUCUAUCUCAUGAUUCUGAGAAAACUCUGAAUUACAAGCAAAUGUUCAUAAUUAACAGAAUCCACAUCUCAUAGUACCGCGAAAAUUCUCACAAUUACAAAAAGUACAAGACAGUUUUGCACAAUUACAAGAAAACUGUCACAAUUAUUAACUACAAUAAAACUCAGUUACAAGAAAACCAUCUCAACAUUAAGAGAAAAUUAUUUCAAUAUUACAAUAAAAUUCUUACAAUUCUGAGAAAAUUUUCUAAAACUCUCAUAGUUUGGAGACAAUUAUCUCAAUUUUUUUUCUCAUUUGUAACGAAAAACUGUUAAAUAUUGUAUACGCUCAUAAUUACAAGGAAACAAUCUCAACAUUAAGAGAAAACUAUUUCAUUACAAUAAAAUUCUUACAAUUCUGAGAAAAUUGUCAUCAUCACAAUAAAAUGAUCUUGUAAUUACCAGAAGUAUUUCAUAAUUAUGAUAAAUAUCUCAUAGUUGGGAGACAAUUAUCUCAAUUUUUUCUCAUUUGUAACAAAAAAAACUUAAAUAUACGCUCAUAAUUACAAGGAAACAAUCUCAACAUUGCAAUAAAAUUCUCAUAAUUACGAUAAAACCGUUACAAGAAAAAAUAUAGAACAUUAUCUCAUAACUACAAUAAAAUGAUCUUGUAAUUAUGAGAAAACCUGCAUAAAUUUUCUUAUAAUUGUGAGAUACGAGAAAAAUAAGAAAUUUUUAUCUUGAAAUUUUGAGAUAUUAAAUCAUAAUUCUUAUGUUUUCCUUCGCUGAAUGCAGUGUGCUUCCAUAUCACUGGAACUCAUCUGAGGUUUUCUUGCUGCACUGUGAGAUUUUCUCACUUUAUUUCAAGAAAAUGAGAUUUUAAAGGUUGAAAAUUACAGACAGACGUGAUGAGAAGAUUCUUUUACAGCGUAAAACUUUGAAUCAACUUUUGUUCAGGUCGACACAUUUCACCCCGACUUCACUAAAAUGAUUUUGAUCAGUGUUUUUUUUUUUUCCGGGCGGUUGUUGUGCGGAGCGGCGCCCUCUGUGACGCGGGUUUGAACCCCGUCAGACGGCCGCACGACGUCCGUCAGCGUCUUCAGUGUCUUACCAUGAAAACGAUGUCUGAUCAUUUUGAUUUGUGUUUGUUGAACCUGGAGAGGAGCUGCCACCUCCAGGAGUCUGCAGGUGUGUCUGAUGCAAACACGCAGACGAUUAUUGUACAAUGAGAUUUUGACAGAUAUUUAACCCUCGGUAAACUGCCUAUUUUGUUAUAAUAAAAGUCUAUAUUGAACUUUACUUAAGCACUACUACUACGGGAAUUAUUUUCUUUGCAUUGUUAAUCAUAUAUGAAUAGAAAAGUAUAAAGAUAUUUGAAUAUGAAUAUAUAUUUUUUCUUUUUCUUUGAUCACCACCUCCUCUGUCUUUUA